AUGAUUAAUCUCAUUGAACAACCAUCUAAACCAUCUUUUGCUGAUGAAGAACUAGAAAGCAUUUUCACAGUGGGUGAGAAGGACUGUGAGACCCACGAUCUGUUGGGGUGCUCUUGUGGUGGCUGUGGGCUGCUGCCAGAUGAAGCUGAUGACGAAGCAGACGAAGAUUCUAGUGAUGGAUCUGAAUCCUUCAUUACUCCUGUUGUUGGGACCUCUACCGAAGAAGACUUCGCGGAGAGAGCAGAAGCUGCCGGCCAGGGACCUUUACCGAACGAUCAAGAUGAGCAAAGUUCAUUGGCAGAGCUGUUGCGUUGGCGCCAUUACUCGCCUUGCCAAGCAGAAUCAUGGGAGUACUUCAAGUCCGUGGCAGGCUUCACCUCAACUCCUCUCAACGAUCUCACAUUCGCUUUUCACACAGCCAGUAAAUUCUAG